AUGUUUUCGCUGCGGAUCGUGACGGCCGACUACUACAUGGGCAGCCCGCUGCGGGGGCUCGAUAGCCGCCUGUCGCCCCUCAGCCGGGCGCCCGUCGCCAAGGUGCCCGUCGUGCGAGUCUUCGGGGCCACCCCCGCAGGUCAAAAGACGUGUCUUCAUUUACACGGCAUCUUCCCGUACCUCUACGUGCCGUACGAUGGCUAUGGACAGCAGCCAGACAGCUAUCUUCGACAGGUGGCCUUCAGUAUUGACAGAGCACUUAAUGUGGCUUUAGGCAACCCAUCUUCUACUGUCCAGCAUGUGUUCAAAGUAUCCUUAGUAUCUGGAAUGCCUUUUUAUGGUUAUCAUGAAAAAGAAAGACACUUUAUGAAGAUCUAUCUUUACAAUCCUGCAAUGGUGAAAAGAAUAUGUGAGCUUUUGCAAAGUGGAGCCAUAAUGAAUAAAUUUUACCAGCCUCAUGAAGCACAUAUUCCCUACCUCCUCCAACUCUUCAUUGACUACAAUCUGUAUGGAAUGAAUUUAAUAAACCUAGCCGCCAUCAAGUUCCGAAAAGCAAGACGGAAAAGUGACACGAUACACGGAUCUGGAUAUUAUAAAGUUCAGUCACCAGGAAAUUCCAUUCCAGGUGCUCACUUUCGAUGGGAAGAGGAUGAAAUUCCAAGCUCUUUAAUUCUGGAAGGUGUCGAACCACAGAGUACCUGUGAGUUGGAAGUGGAUGCCGUAGCUGCUGACAUUUUAAAUCGGUUGGAUAUCGAAGCUCAAAUUGGUGGAAAUCCUGGUUUGCAAGCCAUAUGGGAAGACGAGAAGCAACGCCGCAGACGUAAAAAUGAAUCUUCUCAGAUCAGUCCACCGGAAUCACAAGAUCGUGGGUUUAUACCAGCAACAGAGAGUGAAAAAGUCUUUCAGAAGAGAAUUCAAGAAGUUCUCAAACAGAAUGACUUCUCUGUAACAGUAUCAGGAUCAGUGGACUACAGUAAUGGAUCAGAAGAGUUCUCUGCCGAGUUAACGUUACAUUCUGAGGUUCUAACUCCUGAAACCAUUCCCUGUUCACCAGCCAAUAUGCUAGAAGUCCAUACAAACAAAGAAUUGAGCAAAGAAAACAUAAGGAGAAAUGUUAAUAAGGAGGAGGAAGCACUUAUUAAUGAAGAGGCUAUAUUGAACCUCAUGGAAAAUAGUCAGACUUUCCAGCCAUUGACCCAAAGACUGAGUCGAUCACCGGUUUUCAUGAGCAGCAGUCCCGAUGAAGCGUUGGUCCAUCUGCUGGCCGGUUUGGAGGGUGAUGGAUAUCAAGUGGAAGGACACAGAAUGUCAUCUCCCCAUCUUUCCUUAAGAAAUUCUAAAAAUCCUCAGAACAGUGAUGAUGAAGAAAAUGAACCACAAUUAGAAAAAGAAGAUAUGGAGCUCAGUUUGCUGAUGUCCCAGAGAUGGGACACCAACAUUGAAGAACACAGUCCCGAGAAAAGGUCACUUGGCAGAAAUAUCCAUCGAAGCUCAACUGAAGAGGAGGAGGAAGAAGAUUCUUCAGAAGAAGAAGAAAUGGAAUGGAGUGGUAAUAAUUUGCUUCUAGCUAAUCUUUCUAUACCUCAAUUAGAUGGAACUGCAGAUGAAAAUAGUGACAGUCCCCUGAACAAUGAGAGUUCCAGAGCUCACUCAUCUGUAAUUGCAACCAGCAAAAUGUCAGUAAAGACUUCUAUCUUUCACAAAGAUGCUGCUACAUUAGAACCUCCAUCUUCUGCUAAGAUUACUUUUCAGUGUAAACACACAAGUGCCCUUUCUUCCCAUGUUUUGAAUAAGGAGGAUUUAAUAGAUGACCUUUCCCAGUCGAACAACACAGAGCCAGGACCUGAGCGGCCCAUCCGUUCUCUUCCAAAUGAAAGCACUUAUACCAUAAAAUAUCCGGGGUCAUUGAACAGCACCAUCCAUUCUGAAAACUCUCACAAGGAAAGUCGUAAGAAAGAGCUCCUACCCGUUCCGCCUUGUGAAAAGAGCCUAUUUGACUAUGAAGAAGAGAUUUCUUCAGUAACUAGACAGGUGCCCAGUAGGAAGUACACCAGCAUCCGGAAGGUUGAAAAAGAUGCCUCUUUUAUGCAUAUAAGCCACCACCUUAGUGAGAGCGCACUGGGAAAAAACGCCUUCAACUUUUCAGAUCUGAGUCGCUCGAAAAGCAAGUUGGCCUCUGAAGGAAACGCACAGGGCAGCGGCCCCUCUCUAAAUAGCUUUUUCCCUCCAUCAUUAACAGAAAACUGUGAAGUGGUGUCUUGUUCAGGGGAGGAUAGAGCUGUGGUGCAUUCUGUUGGGAGCACCGUUGAAGAUGGUGGACUCAGUAAACUCAAAAUUAGGUAUGAGGAGUUUCAAGAACAUAAGACAGAAAAACCCAGCCUCAGCCAGCAAGCAGCACAUUACAUGUUUUUCCCCAGCGUCGUUCUUUCUAACUGUCUCAGUCGACCUCAGAAACUGUCCCCUGUCACGUAUAAAUUGCAGCCGGGUCACAAGCAGUCCAGGUUAAAAUUGAAUAAAAAAAAACCGGGGCUUUUAAAUCAUCAGGAGAUCAUUGGCGACGUUGGCGAGAGCGGGCCCACGCAGGACAACUGUUACGUGCCAAGUGUUGCUUGCAGCAACGAUCCGGAAAAGGAUUGUACAUUGCCUGGCGAUGUAAUUCAAGUGGCUCCUGGAGCUUUUGAAAACAAGACAGCGAAUGAGAACUGCAUCGACUGUCACUUCGGAGAUGGAACUUUGGAAACCGAACAGUCCUUUGGAUUGUAUGGAAACAAGUAUACGCUUCGAGCCAAACGUAAGGUGAAUUAUGAGACUGAAGAUAGCGAAUCAAGCUUCGUCACCCCUAACUCAAAAAUUAGCCUACCUCAGCCCAUGGAGAUUGGCGAAAGUUUGGAUGGAUCUCUAAAGGCUCGAAAGCGUCGAAAAAUAUCUAAAAAGCUACCACCUGUUAUCAUCAAGUACAUUAUUAUUAAUCGAUUUCGAGGGAGAAAAAAUAUGCUUGUUAAACUGGGGAAAAUAGACUCUAAAGAGGAACAAGUAAUACUUACAGAGGAGAAAAUGGACCUAUAUAAAAAGCUUGCACCUCUGAAGGAUUUCUGGCCCAAAGUUCCCGAUUCCCCUGCAACCAAAUACCCUAUUUAUCCCAUAACACCAAAGAAAAGUCACAGGAGGAAAGCAAAACAUAAGUCAGCAAAGAAAAAAACUGGGAAACAGCAAAAGACAAAUGGUCAAAAUUUUAAAAGAACUUUAUCUUUUAGGAAAAAAAGGUCCCAUGCUGUUCUUGCUCCUCCUUCACCGUCCUACAAUGCCGAGGCUGAAGACUGUGACUUGAACUACAGUGAUGUUAUGUCCAAGCUGGGCUUUCUGUCCGAGAGAAGCGCGAGUCCAGUAAAUACUUCUCCACCUCGCUGCUGGUCUCCGACUGAUCCACGAGCUGAAGAAAUGAUGGCCGCCGCGGACAAAGAAACGCUGCUCUUUCAGGGGCCCGCUCUGUGCCACAGCAAGAUUGUCCAUUCCACUCUGGGGCAAAACUGUCGAGCAAAAACUCAGGUGAGGAAAUCUAAAGCUAAUCUUGUUAAUCCCUCUGCCGUCCCUAAGAAACGGAACAAGCGCAGUCAGACGAAUAAGCCAGGAGAUGACGGAAAGAGAAAACCUAGAACGAAGCCAAGGCUGAAACCCAGUGAGAAGGGGAAACCGAGAAAGCACAUUGCGUUUAAAGAUGAAAGGGCGAGCGCUCACCCUGGCGCUGAAGUGAAGUUUCCAUUGAAACACCAAGCUCCAUCCGAGGUCUCCAACAACUGUGGGAGGCCGCAGCCCCUCCUUAAGCAAAAAGAUGGCCCUCCAGGUAGCCGUUCAUCUCCUGGAGCCGUUCAUCUCCUUUCUCCUCAUCUUCCCACCGUGGUGAGUGCCCAGCGCCAGCCCUCGGGCUGCUUUCCUCAUUCCCUUGAAACCGGCAAUCCAGUAGAUCUGCAAGCACUCACCGCUCCAAAAGAUGAUUUUCAUUCUUCGGUAGCUUCGUCUCUGGGCCCGUCUGGAAGAGACAUGUCCAAAAUCCACUCUCAGAGGCCCCAUCCUCCAAGUGCUGUGUUUGGAGUGAAGGAAUCCAACUUAAUUCAGAGUAGCAUAUUUGACCUGUCCAAUCUUACAACUCAGGUAACACAGAAAGCACAGUUAUCCAUGGGCAUCGUGUCUGCAAAGACAGAAGAGAAUAAAAAUUCCCAGAAAACCUUCUUGUCAUCUAUUGGAAAAUUCACCGAACCUCACAGCUCCUUUGAUAAGAUAAAACAAGAUCCAUUGCAUGCCCCCAGUUUUUUGCAUUGUAAAGAAAUUCACCAGCAGAGUGUGGUUUUCCCAGAACCUGCAAAACACAGCGAUCCUUAUGCUCCUAUCCUUGUAACCACAGAAGACAGUCAUGGAUCGUUACAGCUGACUAACAAUUGCUUUGUGACUUCCUUAAGGAGCCCAGUAAAGCAGAUAGGAUGGGAGCCCAAACCGAGAGGAUUUAUCUUGGAUAUGUCAAAUUUUAAACCAGAAAGAGUAAAGCAGCAGUCAUUGUCGGAAACGAUUUCUCAAACAAAAGCCCUGUCACAGUGUAAAAAUCGAAGUGUCGUUGCCCCAUCGGCAUUUAGUGAGGGGCAGUCUGGAUUAGCUGUUUUGAAAGAAUUGCUUCAAAAAAGACAGCAGAAAGCACAAAGCGCAAAUUUUAUGCAAGAACCACUGUCAAGUAAGCCUCAAGUGAACAGAAGUGGGUCUUGUUCCAUCGAACCGAAUAAAGCAAUUAAAAGAUCGAGACCGGUCACAUCGCCGAGAAGACCCCGGGCUCCCAGGAACUCGAAGCCUAAAGAAAAAAUGUCCACAUUGCUGAAAGGGGACUCUCUGAAUUUGCAGAAUACUGGUCAGCUGGAGCACACUGUAUCAGACGAUAGCCCUGUUUUCGUUUCAGAUCCAGGUUUUGAAAGCUGUUACUCCCUUGAAGAUAGCCUAUCACCAGAGCAUAAUUAUAAUUUUGAUAUCAAUACCAUAGGUCAGACUGGAUUUUGCAGUUUGUAUUCAGGGAGUCAGUUUGUCCCGGCCGAUCAGAAUUUGCCUCAAAAGUUUCUGAGUGAUGCGGUUCAAGAUCUCUUUCCUGGGCAAACCACAGAAAGCGGUGAAUUUCUAGGUCACGAUGGCCAAAAGGGUGAUGAAGACAAGCAUUGCCCAGCCGACCCAACCUCAUGGAUUAGGUCUGGUGCGUUAAGUCCUGAACUUUUUGACAAGUCACCCAUGGAGAACAAUGAGACUCAUCUCCACAGCCAGUGGAAAAAUAGCCUUCAUCCCCUAGCGUCCCGGCCUAACUCAUUAAUGGAUUCUUUCUGUGUUCAGCAGCCAGAGGAUUGUCUGAAUGAAAAGUCCCGGCUGAAUAGGAGUGUCACCAGCAAAGAGGCGUUCUUUAGCCUUCCACAGGCAAGCAAUUCAGAUUGGAUUCAAAGCCACACGAGGAAAGAAGUGUCUUUUCAAACCGGACAGUCGCUUGACUCAAUCAAUACCUCCUUCACUGCAAUACUGUCUUCUCCAGAUGGCGAGCUUGUAGAUGUAGCCUCUGAAGAUUUAGAUUUGUAUGUGUCAAGGAACAAUGACGUGUUAACACCGACUCCAGACAGCUCACCGAGAUCCACCAGCUCCCCGUCACAAUCCAAAAAUGGCAGUCUCAUACCUCGGACCGCUCAUAUUCUGAAGCCACUCAUGUCGCCCCCAAGUCGGGAAGAAAUCGUGGCAACUCUGCUGGACCAUGAUCUUGCGGAAACCAUAUAUCAAGAACCUUUUUGCAGUAAUCCCGCGGAUGCCCCAGAAAAACCCAGAGAGAUUGGAGGACGGCUUCUCACGGUAGAAACCCGACUUCCAAAUGAUCUGGCCGAAUUUGAAGGAGACUUCUCCCUAGAAGGACUAUGCCUGUGGAAGACAGCCUUCUCGGCCAUGACUCAGAAUCCGAGGCCGGGAUCCCCACUUCGUAACGGCCAACCGAUUCUCGAUAAAGUUUCCAAUCAUAGCCGUAAAACUCGUGAUGAUAAAAAAAUAGUGAUCAUGCCUUGUAAAUGUGCCCCAGGGAGACAACUGGUUCAGACAUGGCUUCAAGCCAAAGAAGAAUAUGAACUUUGUAAGAAACUGCCUAAACAUGAGCCAAUUGAAAUAAAGACUAGCUUUCCCAACCACCAAGGUGACAGACCUGUAGUGCCUCUAGGAAAUGAUAUUAUUUCACACGAAACCCUUAUUGUAACACCAACCAAGGACGAUGUUGGCAAUUCGAGGAUCGCAGUACAAGUCUCAACCGUGAAGGCACCGGAGAGCAAUAAAACUGCAAUUGAAAAUCAGACAGUGCCACUUUGUGCUUCAGUAAGAGAAGCUGAAAAUGAUGAUGAAGAAGAUGACUAUUACAUUAGUUACAGCUCUCCUGAUUCUCCAGUGCUUCCUCCUUGGCAACGAGCAGUUUCUCCAGAUUCCAAGCCACUGAAAGCAAAUGAUCCACCUGGGAGAACCCGUAACCGAGCAUCACCGCCUAUUGAAGAGUUUGGUUCACCAGUUGCGGAGAACUUACCGAAAUCUGCUAAUGGUGGCGUUCAGGAGACCCCACCAAGGAACAAAUCAGAGACCCCACCAGGGAACAAAUCAGAAACUCCAGAAACAUCUCCCUUUCAAGUCAGAGCAGCGACUGGAAAUUAUGACCCUCUUUGCCUUCACAGUACCCCGAUCAUUCGAAGAAGACGCCAGGAAACACUUCCUGAUGCAGCUGGCUUUAGUCCUUUAACAACAGAACCAAAAUCCCAGAAAUUGAGUCAUAGGAGAGGAAGUAAUGCUGACACUCUGCGAAGAGUACUCUUAACAACACAAAUGAAGAAUCAAUUUGCUGCUCUACGUGUUCCAAAGAAAGAAACUUCUCAGAUUGAAGGACCUUCUUUAAACAACACUUAUGGUUUUAAAGUCAGCAUGCAAAACCUACAGGACGCAAAGACCUUACACGAGGUCCAAAACCUUACUCUCAUCAGUGUGGAGUUGCAUGCUCGGACGAGGCGAGACUUGGAACCUGAUCCUGAAUUUGAUCCUAUAUGUGCAUUGUUCUAUUGCGUCUCAUCAGACACAGCCCUACCAGAUACAGAAAAAAACGAGCUCACAGGGGUGAUAGUAAUUGAUAAAGACAGGACAAUCUCCAACCAAGAUAAAAGAAACCAGAGUCCAUUGCUUACAAGGUCUGGAAUUACAGGCUUAGAGGUAACCUAUGCUGCUGAUGAGAGAGCACUUUUCCAAGAAGUAGUCAAUAUAAUUAAAAGGUAUGAUCCAGAUAUUUUAUUGGGUUAUGAGAUUCAAAUGCAUUCCUGGGGCUACCUCUUACAGAGAGCUGCAGCAUUAAGCGUUGAUUUGUGUCAGAUGAUCUCUCGUGUGCCCGAUGAUAAAAAGGAGAACAGAUUUGCUGCUGAAAGAGAUGAAUAUGGAUCAGACACAAUGAGUGAAAUAAAUAUCGUUGGCCGCAUUACCCUAAAUCUUUGGAGAAUUAUGAGAAAUGAGGUGGCUCUCACUAAUUAUACCUUUGAAAAUGUGGGCUUCCAUGUUCUUCAUCAGCGUUUUCCCCUCUUCACCUUUCGAAUCUUAUCUGAUUGGUUUGAUAACAAGACCGAUCUUUACAGAUGGAAAAUGGUGGAUCAUUAUAUUAGCCGUGUCCGUGGGAAUCUGCAAAUGUUAGAACAGCUGGAUAUAAUUGGGAAAACCAGUGAAAUGGCAAGGCUUUUUGGGAUCCAAUUCCUACAUGUACUGACAAGGGGUUCACAGUAUCGUGUGGAAUCCAUGAUGCUGCGCGUUGCCAAGCCCAUGAAUUAUAUCGCCGUGACUCCAAGUGUUCAGCAGAGAUCUCGGAUGAGAGCCCCACAGUGUGUUCCUCUAAUAAUGGAGCCCGAAUCCCGGUUUUACAGCAACUCUGUUCUGGUAUUGGAUUUCCAGUCCCUGUAUCCCUCCAUUGUCAUAGCAUACAACUACUGCUUUUCCACCUGCCUCGGUCAUGUGGAGAAUCUGGGAAAAUUUGAUGAAUUUAAAUUUGGCUGUACAUCACUGAGGGUGCCUCCAGAUUUACUUUACCAAAUUCGACACGAUAUCACCGUUUCACCCAAUGGAGUCGCUUUUGUUAAGCCUUCCGUCAGAAAAGGUGUGCUGCCAAAAAUGCUAGAAGAAAUUUUAAAGACAAGGAUCAUGGUAAAGCAGUCGAUGAAGGCUUACAAGCACGACAGAGCUCUGUCACGGAUGCUCGAAGCACGUCAGAUGGGACUCAAGCUUAUAGCUAACGUCACCUAUGGCUAUACGUCUGCUAACUUUUCUGGGAGGAUGCCCUGCAUUGAGGUUGGCGACAGCAUUGUGCACAAAGCUAGAGAGACCUUGGAACGAGCCAUAAAACUGGUGAAUGAUACAAAGAAAUGGGGAGCUCGUGUUGUGUACGGUGACACGGACAGUAUGUUUGUACUGCUGAAAGGAGCUACUAAGGAGCAAUCUUUUAAGAUUGGUCAAGAAAUUGCCGAAGCUGUGACUGCCACCAACCCUAAACCAGUGAAGUUGAAGUUUGAAAAGGUAUAUUUGCCAUGCGUCUUGCAAACCAAGAAGAGGUAUGUAGGUUAUAUGUAUGAAACGCUGGAUCAAAAGGACCCAGUAUUUGAUGCAAAAGGAAUAGAGACCGUUCGAAGAGAUUCCUGCCCUGCUGUUUCCAAGAUACUUGAGCGGUCUAUCAAGCUGCUGUUUGAGACGAGAGAUAUAAGUCAAAUUAAACAAUACGUCCAACGACAGUGCAUGAAGUUACUUGAGGGAAAAGCGAGCCUCCAAGAUGUCAUCUUCGCGAAAGAGUACAGAGGGAGUUCCAGCUACAAACCGGGAGCCUGCGUGCCAGCCCUUGAGCUCACAAGGAAGAUGCUUGCCUACGACCGGCGCUCUGAACCCCGUGUCGGGGAGAGAGUGCCAUACGUGAUUGUGUAUGGCCUGGCGGGAGUGCCUCUUAUCCAGCUGGUAAGGCGGCCAGUUGAGGUUCUACAAGAUCCCAGUCUGAGACUGAAUGCGACGUACUACAUUACCAAGCAGAUCCUUCCACCUUUAGCAAGAAUCUUCUCCCUUAUUGGCAUUGAUGUCUUCAACUGGUAUCAUGAAUUACCAAGGAUCCAAAAAGCCAGCACAUCCGCUCACAAUGAUCACGAGGGCCGGAAAGGGACUAUCUCUCAAUAUUUCACUACCUUACACUGUCCUGUGUGUGAUGAACUGACCCAGCACGGGAUCUGUAGUAAAUGCCGGAGCCAGCCGCAGCACGUGGCGGUAGUCCUCAACCAGGAGAUCCGAGAGUGGGAACGCAAACAGGAACAACUGGUGAAGAUAUGCAAGAACUGUACCGGCUGUUUUGAUCGGCAUAUCCAGUGUGUGUCUCUGAACUGCCCGGUACUUUUCAAACUGUCUAGAGUAAGUCGAGAGUUAUCCAAGGCACCCUAUCUCCGUCAGCUCCUAGACCAGUUUUAAGCGAUCGACGUUCCAGGAUUCCAGGUGCUAUUUCUUUUUUGUGUUUACCACACACUGAAACUGUUGUGCAUGGUGCUUUUUCGAUUUUCAUGGAUUCAUGGAUCUCUGUUGUCUGAAGAAUACUAGAACAUUCAUGCUAAAUUAAAGAGACACUUGAACUACGACUGGUUCGCUGAAGAUGUAUAAAUUCCUCAUUCACCUUUUUAACAUCCUGUUUUAUAAUGCAGAUGUUGAAUUAGCUCUGAUCCGUGUACCAUCUUGUAAAUCCAUUUGAGUAUGUCCUUGUUUAGUUCCCUAUGGAAGAAGCACUGAAAAACCUCUUAAAGAAAUACCAUUAGUGUGUUUUCCUUGGACUGUCAGUAUCAAAACAUGUGUUACUUAGAGAUAUAUUAUCCAUUCACUUUAUAAUUUUGACUGCGAAAUAUUUUGUAAAUACACUUUUUUACUUUUCAAACAACUGAGUAAAAUAAUGUGCAAUGAAUUUUAUACAGAUAAUUUUAAAGUUGUUUGGUAUAUUUCUUCUAGGUUUUGCUUGACUCAAAGUAGUUUGGUUAUUUUGAUCAGACUGUGUAAACAGUAGUAUCACGUGUUGCAUUUCAAAACGUUAUUUUCGAAAAACCGCUGUCUUGCUUUAGCUAUUAAUGGGGCAUUGUGAGGAACUGUGCAAAGACAUUUUUGUUACAAACCUGUGGGCCUGUUGCAAUACUUUAAAUACGAUAAAUUUUAUUCCAUUUUUGCUUGUUUUGUAUAGACACUUCUAUUGCUUCUAAAUAUGCUUAAAAUAUUUUCUUUCCUUACUGUACAGUUUAUUUGCCAUCAUCCUGAACACAAAACGUGUAUUUAGAAUAUUUGUAUAACUGUAUAAAAUGAAAAAAGGAAUUAUGUGGUCAGUGCAUUGUUUUCUAAACUGGAAAUCAUUUUGUUUUAAAAAUUGAUAAUGGAAACCAUAUUAAAAUUGAAUAAAAUAGGAAA